AUGCCACCUUUAGUCAUCCCUAGAGGUGAUGUAGUUUAUUAUCGUCGUCAGUUUCGCAUGCUUCGUCAUUGCUUCCUUCCAUCUUUUAUUCCCUAUAGAGAAUUGUUCUCUCGUUCCUUGCUAGUUUCGUAUCGAGGGAAAGGUGACUAUGGGUUUAACGUAUUUCACAACUCUAAUCCCCAGCAUGGAGGCUCUUAUGCUCGUCAUGAACGACGAAUGCGGGAUGAUGAACUGGAGGAUUUUUUGAAAAGUGUAAAAGGAUGGGUGCCAGUGGAUGAAUCUGUGGCUAGAAGUAGUACAUCAAAGGAGAUGGAAGAGGGUCCAUCGCCGUUAACUAUAUUUACCGGAGAAGAGGCGUUAAAGCGAGAAUUUGUUUUCUCUGAAUUUCGUGAUGCGUACUUGUUUAUGGGACGUUUUUGGGCUUUUUGUUAUGGUAGUGAUAAAUACCCUCAUGUGGUGUGGAAUGAAACUCACAUAACGGUGUAUCUUUAUUCCCCUUCCUUUCGUGGUAUCAGCAAACGUGAGGCUCGCAUUGCCGCAUUUCUAAAUGAUCAGUAUAAUAUGUUUAAGAAAAGUAAACGACAGCAGAAUCAGCUUUUAAGUGGAGUAGUGAAACCAGCAAAAGUUGAACAGUUGAUAGGGGAUAGUGUGAGUAAAGUAUUGGAACGUCGUGAAGUGGAUCGACAUAAACCUUUAGUGGAAAAGGUCAAAGGUACGGUCUCAGCAUGGGAAAAACUUAUCGGAGAAGGUGAUGAAGGGACAAAGUCAUCAUCUUGA